AUGUCAUUCCCUUAUAAGCAUGUUCUCCUCAUCGGAGCUACAUCUGGAAUCGGUCUUGCAAUGGCUGAACGUCUUGUUCAAGAAUGUAAAGUCACCGUCGUCGGUCGUCGCAAGGAUCGAUUCGAUGAGUUUGUAGCCAAGCAUGGCGAUAAAGCGAAAUCCAUCUCUUUCGAUAUCGGUGAUACUGAGAAAGCCUCCCAAUUUGCAGCUGACGUGAUUGAGAGCUCUCCCGAUAUCGAUUGCGUCUUCCUCAACGCAGGAUAUCAACGCAAACAUGAUUUUUCUAAGCCUGAAAGUGUUGAUAUCAAGGGCUUCAUUUAUGAGACGCACGUUAAUUUUACCAGCUUUGUGGUAUUAACUCAUGAUUUUCUUCCGUAUCUUUUAAAGAAAAAGCAAGAGACCAGCUUCAUCUAUACAACUACAAACCUGAGCAUGGUGCCAGCCAUAAGAGUAUCGGGUUACUCUUCUUCCAAGGCAGCUCUCAGCGCGUUCAUUCUUUGCUUAAGGGACGACCUUCGGGACACGUCAGUAAAGGUCAUCGAGUUAUCCCCUCCCUUGGUUCAAACCGAAAUCCAUGACUAUAUGGGACCCCACGGUCGUAACAUGGGUAUGCCUAUCGGCGAAUUUACAGCCAAAGCAUAUACCGGUCUAUGCAGUGGUGAAGACACCAUUUUCAUCGGCGAUGGAGCCUACGUUGGUAGCAUCUUGGAACUUGGCAAAAAGAAAAGAGAGUUGUUUGAGGAAUUGGCGAAGUCGAUUAGAAGCCGUUGA